UAUUCCUAGGUCGUAACCGACUGCAGACGCCACAUCGUCGGCUCUAUGCGCAAAGCAUAACACCGAGGCAUGGACAACGCUGAAGAGCUCUGGAAAGUUAAACGAAGUCGCGAGCGCUAUGGUUCAAACAGUGAGCCGCCACCUAAGAGCGCGAAGGAAGGAAGCGAUGGGCGUGCGCUUUUUACCAGUGAAGACAUCCAGAAGAUGAUGAUGACCGCCUUGCCUGGGAAUACUAGUACGUUGGCUACCGUAAAGGAAGAACGGCCGCAGGAGUAUACAGACUGGCUUUCGAAAUGGAUGACCGGUGGAUCACAGUCCGUAAGCAGACAAGUCCAGCGACCCAGCCCCCAGUCGACGAGUAGACACUCUAAGCCAUGCACAAUUAGCAGGAGCCCUUAUAAUGAAUGUAAUAAGGCAAGCACUCGGGGAGAAGAGCCCAUCUCGAUGGUGUCUUCCACCCCAUCGUCGAAGCCCGCUGGCAUCAGUCGAAGACGACUUGGUACAGAGAACACAACUGACGUUUCAGGAGAACAUUAUCUCAGCAAAAAUGGUGUUAAUGCACCAGGGGCGCUUUCGCCCAAGACAUCGACAAAUGCGAGAAGUACGGCGGAAGAAGACACCGUAAGACCCGGUUCAGAGGAACAAGUUGCACCUAUGGGGGAAAGUUCUGACGAACAAGGCCGGCUGGACGAGCGCCUUCGCCAUUUGCGUUCUCGGUGGCGGGCUGCGCAGCGAAUUCUGGACGAGAUAGGCGCUCGGCUAAGCAGGCCUGCUGGAUCACGUGAUCACAGAGACGCUCCCGCCGUUGAAGCUUACAGGGAACAGCGGUGGAAUAAUGCCCAAUACAAAAGGAGGGCUGUUUCCGAAUCGAGGGAGUCCACGGCGGCGGCUCGCAGACCGGCUAGUUCACGCUCCCAGCCCGAUAGCCCAAUGGAAGAAAGUCCGGGUACUCCCACAUUGUUCGACGGGGUGUUCAAGCGGCCGCAACCAGUGUCCAGGGAGCCUCGACGCACGCGAACGCAGCCGCAUACUUCGAAGACUACGGCUCCAAGCUCUGCAGUCGCAACGAGAACUGCGCGCACAUUGGAGGAGAUCACGAAUGUUGGCAACAAAUCGCCAGAAGCACCGGCUGCCUCCGUUUCGCCUUACCUGACAGGCUUCUCCGUGUUUCUGCACGAAGAGUGCGCGAGCGUCUUUCCACAACCACGAAGCUUCGAAUAUCUCGUUCUGGACGUUCGUCGCGCCAUCUACGAGGAGUCGGCGGCGUCGCUGGACUCGUGGUGUUCUCACAGCGAGCAGGUACCCUGCUGGCUCCUGACCUUCCAGGGCACCCUGACCAGAUUUCUGCUUUUUUAUGACAUUGAGAUUGCGGAGAUUCAUCUUGGAACCUACUCGCUGCAUCACGUCGACAGCGACUUUCCAAAGCGAGCAGACGCAGAGGCGAUCCUUGACAGAGCACGCGAAAUGCGCACAGAGCCUGGGCAGUUCCUCCACGAGCGAGAGUGUCUGAUCACGUGGCUUAUGCGUGUGCACCGGUGCCUUCGACGCGUGCGUCUGGACCUCACUGAGGUGGCCGAGUCUCCCGGCGAGUUCUGCCGGGGGUAUCGGCUCCACGAAGGCUACAAGGUUCUCGAACUCGGAGUCAGUGGAAGGACCCUGCUUAGUGGCCGCCACCUCUUCUCCUUCCUCGGCCACGUGACCCAGCUUACCGAGCUGUCGCUCUUCGGUCUGUACCUGAUGCACCCGGAUGACAAUUGCCGCCUCGCCGCGCUGGUUGCGACCAACAUGUUCCUCCGGAAGCUCUCACUGAAGCGUUGCCAAAUUGCCGACAGAAACUUGGACGGACUUAUCGAAGCGGCCAAGGGUUUGCCGCUCCUUGAGUGCUUCUCCAUCUCUCUGCUAAAUCCCGGACUGUGGAUCGAACGAAGCCAGCAACUGUCGCGACUGCUGGCGGGAACUGGGUGUAGGCGUCUAAGGCAGGUCCACUUUGGAGUUGCCUGUGACCUGGAGCCAAUGUUGGAACGCUUAGGCGAAAACAAGAAAGUCAUCGAAGUCCAGAUCAAUCAUGAGCUUACCACGUCUUCGGAGCUCAUGAAGCUCUGCGACCUAGCCGAGCUCAACACUCACCUGAAGCGCCUUUCUCUGCCUAUCGACAUGGAGUCGGCCCUUCCAACCCGCUAUUACCAGUUCAUACUGAGAAAGUUCAUAGCAAACGCCCGAAUGGAAGUUCUGAAUUUGGAGAAUUCGUUCAUCACGACGCGUGGCGUUAAAGCCAUAGCGGAAGGUCUUAAGAAAAACGGCGUUAAGGAAACUCCACAACUGCCUUCCGAAGUACGGGCCACUGCGAAUCAGGAUGGUCGACAACGGUAUCUAAAGGAGCUACACCUCAGAAGCGACAAGCUUACUUGCGAGCACCUGGAUAUUCUUGUGGAUGCACUGGAUGCCAAUAGGACUCUCGAAGUCCUCGAGGUUGGUCGAGUGCUGCCUACGCCAUUAGUUAGUCACGCUGACGUGACGCGGAAGAUUAUCGACCACGCCUUUCGACAGCGUCAGCACACAGCGAGUUCCCAGAAAAGCAACCCCGCGGCCACUGUACGCGUUAACAAAGUGUACUUCGCUGAAGAAUUUCAGCUUCUAAUCUUUGCCGUCCGCAACGAUGUGACAUUCCGCAAGUUGAAUCUUUCAUUUUGCGAUUCUCCCACAGAAACGCUCAAAAGUCACUCGUUUGAUUUCAGCCACCUUCUAGCACUGUUACCCUUCUUCGCAGUAGCAGACACGCUGGAGAGCUUGGAGAUAGACGUGUCUUUGCCCGGGAUCGUCGACGUCGCUUUUAUGGGCCUGUCUCUGCUCGCCGCCACGAGCAACAAUCUGACUGAGCUCAGCGUCACUUUGGCGGACACGUGUUGCGAGUUCGCCUCCAUCCUACUGUUCCAAGGGCUCGCUUCCAGCGUCUCGAUUCGCUCGCUCACCAUGAGUGGAUGGGCGUUGAAGCAUCCAGUGCCAAUCUGGUUCCAUCGCUUCUGCCGAAUGAACGAGAGCCUCCGGAAGCUUCACGUUCAUAUCACAUGCCUGGAAGCCGACGACAACACCACGUUCUACGAAGAGCUGCCCGACGCCCUCACGGAGUGCCGCUGGCUCGUGGACUUCAGGCUCACGUGCGGCAAGUUGCGCGAGCCCAUCUUCAUUCCCGAAGUGCUAUCCACUAUCAGGAGAAACCAGCGAGUGCAACCACGGGCAGUUAAAGUUGUCUCAACUGCUGAGUGCGCGCCCCAACGAGUGGUCAAGAUUUUCGACAGAAAGCUCACUCUCGAUAUGGGCGUCAAGCUGCGGCGCUCGAUGGACGUUCCUGAGUUCAAGCAGCACAUUUUGGAACGGUGCAUGUGUUCCACGGAAACGAUUGACCGUGCGAUAGAGACGACCAGGAGGUUGGUGUCUAGCACUUUGGGCCAUCGGGCCAAAGUUCACCGCAGGGUGAGCACGCUAGGUUCCGAUCCGAAUGUCAGUGACACAGUCCGGUCAGGCGAUAUGGACGAAGCCACUCAAGAACGCCUUUUCAGAAGCUUGCGUGUUCGUGAUGCUUGGAUUUGGGAUUGUGGUGACGGUAAUGUUGAUCAUUACCAGAUGAGAAUCUCGAUGAUAAGCCAUAUGAUGAGGACGAUUUAUAAUGAAGAGCAGAAACGCUAUCAAGACCCCUUGAGCGAACUACAAGACUCAGUUGAAGACAUUAUAGAUGUGGAGUCACUCUGAAAAUGCUUUCAAUGUUGCUAUAUUGUCUAUCAGCUCCAAAUA